AUGCUUGUAAGCAGUUGUGAAAUAUUAAUACUGAUAGUGCUCCUCAUCUCCGCUAUCUCGACAAUGUUGGCUUCACGCAGAGUCCGUACUUUCAAAAGUCUUCAAAUCCACUGCAGUAUCCUAACACUAUUUCUUGUUGUCUGUGAGACGCAAGGUGAAAUACAUCCAUCUGGACGGAGAAACUCCGAGGGUGACAUUGACUACAGUCCUGUGAACAGAAUGAUGAAAAAUGCACCACUUCAUAACUCUGGUCAUAUCAAUAAAAAUAUUAUUAAUAACAAUAAUAACGAAAUUCGAACGGUAGAAAAGCGAUCGGCAGAAUUCAAACCUCCUGAAAGACCAGCAGAGUUUAAAACAAUGGAAGAACUAAACAGAUAUCUGAAGAAAUUGCGUCAUUAUUACUUCAUUGUCGGUCGUCCGAGAUUCGGUCGCUGA